AUGUUGCUGGAUAUGGUUUGCAACCUUAACCAGACAAUAAGUACUGAGCAAAACCAGCAAUAUUACAAACGCUACCGUAGCUACAGCCUGCUCAUAGAGGCUACAACCUUGACAAGAAUCGUACUAUGACGUAGCCUGAUAGUAAUAAUUGAUAACGAAGUAACUGUUGACGUGGAUUUUCGGCUCAUAACGGUUUGUGCCGGACGCUCCCUCAGAGUUCGUCGUUGUCACCUGUGUCGCACGGACCGUGGUCUGGUGAAGUGAGCCUGGACUGGGGGAUACCAACACGACAUCAACUACCGGCAUUUCCCGAGAUAUAACAGUCGAUUUCAACAAACAUGAUGUGGAAACUCUUGUUGCCCACCUUGGUGAUGUUCGUCUCCAUCCACCAGACAAGCGGAGAAAACUACCCGACGCCCGCGCCGGAGCCGGUACCCCCCACACCCGCGCCCGAGCCGGUACCCCCCGCGCCCGAGCCGGAACCCCCGGCGCCAGUCGCCCCAGUUUGCGCCACCGACGUUGUUUUCAUCGUGGACGAUUCUUCGAGCGUAUCGAGCUCUUGGUUCGGCCGCGCCAAGCAAUUCAUCAUCGACUUUCUGCAAUGCUUCACGGACCAGGAUGUUGGAAUCGGAGUUAUACUGUUCAACUGCGUACCGAGAACAGGUAUUCCCUUGGGCAUGUACACGGCAGCCGACGCCGGCCUGCCUGCCGCUAUCAGUCUGAUGAUGCGACAAGGAGGCCUGAGCCGGAUCGGGCAGGCUAUCAGCUUCAUGACAGCCACGACCAGUUUCCGUCAUGGAGUACCCAAGGCAGUGGUAAUCCUGACAGACGGGAUGCCUCAAAGUGACGCUGCCGGACAGACAAUGGAUGACUAUGAAGCGCAGGCUAUCGCAGCAAGGAACGCGGGAAUCGACCUGUACGCUGUGGGUAUUGGAGGACCGGGUCGUGUGGACUUCGAUGUGCUCGAGACCAUCACCGGUAGCGAGGACCGCCUAUUCAGGGGCGAGUACAACCCCUGCAAGGUCGCCUACCGUAUACUAGCGAACCUCUGCGCAUCCGCAGCUGCUCUGGCCGGCUGUAUGUACGGCAAUGCAGUCGUCAUUCCCGUGGGGUACGAGUACAAGCCGGAUGACUGUACCAUGUGCACCUGUGACGCCGCGGGAGAGGCACCGGCCUGUGCCGUCUACUCCUGCGCGCCUCCGCCCUGUGAUAACCCCGUCAGGGUCGCGGGGCAAUGCUGCCCGGUCUGUGAUUUCGAAGCUCCUGCCGGCUGUCUGUACAAUGGAGCCAUCAUUCCCGUCGGGGAGGAGUACAAGCCGGAUGACUGCACCACGUGCACAUGUGAGGACGCCGGAGAGGAGCCGGCCUGCGUCCUCUACGCCUGCGCCCCUCCGCCCUGUGACAACCCCGUCAAGGUGGCCGGGCAAUGCUGUCCUGUCUGUGAUGCUCCAGAAGGCUGUUGGUACAACAGGAGCUCGAGUGCCGUCCUCAUUCCUUUCGGGAUCGAGUACAAGGAGGGCGCCUGCGAGUCGUGCCACUGCUACGCCGACGAAGAGAGGGCGAUUUGCCUGGCUUACGCUUGCAGGUUCGACUUCUGCACCAACCUAGUACGGCUCGCGGGGCAGUGCUGUCCGGACUGCCCUGCCUGCUGCCAGGGCUGCUAUCACGGAGAUGACUUCAUCCCUGUGGGAGCCACUUUCCAGCCGGACCCCUGUACGUUCUGCCACUGCUACAGCCCUUGGGAACCAGCGAUUUGCGCAGUUGUAGACUGUGCCUUUCCUCCCUGUGUUAACCUCAUAACGCCCCCGGGAGAGUGCUGCCCUGUCUGCACUGACAUCGGCUGUGAGCACCCUGACGGCAUCAUCUUGCCGGGCGAACCUUACGAGGUGGAUGGCUGCAUGACGUGUUACUGCGGAGCCGCGGGACAAGAACCGUUGUGCGCCACCGCAGCCUGCCUUCUUCCGCCCUGCGACACACCGGUACAGAUCGCAGGACAGUGCUGCCCUGUCUGCGAAGCUCCAGAGGGUUGUCCAUACAACGGUAUGAUCAUCCCCCUGAAUGACAGUUUCAAGCCGGACGACUGCACUACGUGCACCUGCUCCGUAGCCGGUGAGGCACCUUUGUGCAUAGCUGUGUCUUGCGCACUUCCACCCUGCCCCGACCCGGUAAAGAUCGCGGGACAGUGCUGCCUUACCUGCCCUUAGAGGACUGUGGGGUUAUGGGCCCAUCUAGAGGGAGGUAAACCACCCAGAGUGGAGACAACUUGCUGCCCUAUGUACGUGCCACAAUGCACGGGAGGACUAAGUCCAUAUAUCAAACUUAGUAAUAGGUAAAUUAGCGAUUGCUGGAAGCAAGGCAGCCUUACGGGAAUGAGAGGAGCGGAUCGUCUUCCGUGUGUCCCCAAAUAAAGUUUAGUCUCCAU